CUCCCAGCAACAAUAGCUUAAACAUCUUUAUAAUAUUAGCACCCAAAUUAGCACUUGGGCAUACUGUCAUUUCCGCAUCUUGUAAAAUGAAAUGACCGAUCAGCUGAUGAGAGGCAAUUUCGAAAGAUUGAAAAGAAGUAUUAUGGGUAAAAAACGAAGUCUACAACUGGCAUCGGGUCGCUUGAAAGUAGAAGUGAAGCAUGAGAUUGGUGACAACGAUGUACUGGUAGCACGAGAUAGGCUGAAGGGAGCUCUAAGAGAACUUUUGCACCACAGUGACUCCGGAUCCUCAGCUGAUUCGAGCGAAGAAAAUACCACACAAGAGUAUAAACAACAAAUUAAAAAACUAGAAUCCAUGACCCCGGCAAAAACUAUGAGAUUUCAACAGGCUAAGAGAAUGAGACGUCGACGCCAGAUACCAAUGGAUACAUCCUUUAAUCAUACUUAUGUCAUGAAACUCUUCGAUCGCAGCGUAGACCUUGCACAAUUCCGCGAAGAUACACCGUUGUAUCCUAUAUGCCGCGCUUGGAUGGCAAAUCAACCACGAAAUCCUAAUCUUGUACCAAAAGUGCGCAGUCCAAGUCCUGAGAUUUUAAAUGAAACAAGUACUAAUGUUAAUCUAUUUGACUCGGAUAAUGAACUGCAGGACGUUUACAAGCUGCCAGCCCCUCUGUUAAGAGAAGAAGCAUGGCCAAGACAUCGAGUUCCGUCGCCCAUAAUCUUGCCCAAAGAGGAACUCAACUUGGAAUAUGAGGGACAAAAUUUACGUACACGCGAGGCACUGAUGAGAGACCACGUCCGCCACUGGACGGAAGUAAGAAAAAAAUGGCACCAACAGGCUCACAAAAAUGAGCAGCGAUUCGAACAAAGUGCAAAUAUCUUGGGAGCUAUGUACCGCAGGGCUCAGACGGAAUUUGAAUAGUGUAUCGACAACGAUUAUAUUAGCUUUCAUAUUUAUAUUUUACAAUAAUUAUAUUUCAGACUCUUUACAAUUCUUUUUUUCCUGAUAUCGGCUCACUAUGAAAAUCAUUGCAAUCAUGUAAAAUUGAAAUAUUCAAUGUAUACAACACUUCAUCUUUAUUACAUAUAUUUUUUUUCUUUCUUUCUUUAUUUUUAUUAUUAUUAUCUUUAACUUUUAUUUUAUCCCUUAGCAAUCUAGUGGAGAGUUUUGAUUUAAUAUGAAUUAAGUAUUCAGUCUGUAUCUGUAUGUAUGGAAGUGUAUGAACAAAUAAUAAAAUCGUACGUCUUGAAGUUAAUGUUUAUACAUUACAAAGGCAUUUAACAAA